CGGUACCAUCUUCAAUAAUCCUCCGAGUCACGUGAGAGGCUGCCAUUGAUAGAUCAGUCACUAUCAGUCAGUCUGCCACCAAAUCUCCACAAUCCGCGUCAUAGACUUUUCGAUAUUCAGCACUUCUCUCUAUCGCAUGAACAACUCGGUUCUUUCAUACGCCGAUUCAACACGAUCUUCAAAGCCUUGAUGCAGAUGUUCAGAUCCACUGUCAGGCUAGUUGGAGCCGCUCAGAUUAGGUUUGCAUGCAUGCAUUCUAUCUUUUCGCGGGCCGCCGAGAAAUAUUCCAUUAUCAUGACGCCCUAGAGGUCAGUGACGUCUUUAAAGGUUGGUACUUUGUAAUGCAUGUCCAACAUAUAUGGCUGUUGUGAAUUUUCUGGCCUUCUCACGUUGUGACAUCUACUGCUUCGUUAUUAUCGGCAUCGAGGGACCGCCCACAGUAUGACGGAACUCUUUCGAGAUACGGUGGCUGGCCAGCUUUUACGACUAGCAACUGGCAGAAAAAUCCUACAGUAUCCCGAGGAGCGUGAUCCAUCAAUAUGGCAGAAAUAUGUGAAUGCCGAAAAGUCUGCCAACAUGGCGAUGCACGGCAGUACGGAGCCACCUUCAGCACAGGAAAAAGAGCAACUGGACACCGGUGUCUCUGAGGAGGAUACAAAUGCCCCGUCAACUGACCAUAAUUCGAAUCAUCCAAGACGAGGCUCACCGGCUGACUCUUCCACGACGACUGUCGACAAUGACAAUAACGAUCUGGUCAACACCUUUAGCAAUACAAAAGUUGACAUUGAGAAAGGACGCAAUGCUGAUAUAGUCGACUGGUAUGGUCCCGAGGACCCGGACAAUCCACAAAACUGGAGCACGUCGAAGAAAGUCUGGGUUACUUUCGAAGUCUGUUUACUCACUUUCUCGGUCUACAUUGGCAGCGCUAUCUACACCGCUGGUAUCGAGGACGUCAGCAAGGUUUUCGGUGUCAGCCGCGUCGCAGCGACUCUUGGACUCACUCUGUUCGUGCUAGGCUAUGGUGUUGGACCUAUGCUAUGGAGUCCUAUGUCCGAGGUACCUCAAUUCGGACGAAGCCCGAUAUACAUCGGUACACUUGCGCUCUUUGUGGUUCUGCAAGUCCCCACCGCAUUGGCCACGAAUUUUGGCAUGCUCCUCGCCUUCCGAUUCAUCACCGGCUUUGUGGGCUCCCCAUCACUAGCCACUGGUGGUGCGACAAUCGCAGAUAUGUAUACCCCAGCUAAGCGGACUUAUGGUAUGGCCGUUUGGGGCAUCGGCGCUAUACUUGGCCCGACGAUGGGACCUCUAAUCGGUGGCUUCGCUGCGGAAGCGAAAGGAUGGAAAUGGACUAUAUGGGAGCUUCAAUGGCUUUCCAGCUUCACGCUUGUCUUGCUCCUUUUCCUCCUUCCAGAGACGUCUUCUGCCAACAUCCUGUACCGACGAACCAUGCGCCUCAGAAGAUUGACCAGCAACGACAAAUUGAUCUGUGAGCCCCAGCUUAUUGGCGAACAAAUGACUGGACGCGAGAUUGUCAUGAUGGUACUUGUUCGUCCUUUCACUCUCUGCUUUACCGAACCCAUGGUUCUCCUGCUGAACCUCUAUAUCGCCUUGAUUUACGGCUUGUUAUACAUUUGGUUCGAAAGCUUUCCGAUUGUUUUCAUCGACAUUUACGGAUUCACUCUGGGGACGGAAGGCCUAGCAUUCUUGGGCAUCUUGAUUGGCGCCUUCGUUGUUAUUGGACCCUUUUCCUGGUACCAGCGGAAAUACAUUGAGCCCAAGUUCAACGAAAAGGGCGAACUUCAACCGGAAUGGCGUUUGCCGCCUUCCUUCGUCGGAGGGUUCUGUAUCCCAAUCUGUCUGUUCUGGUUCGGCUGGUCCUCACGACCUGACAUCCAUUGGAUCAUGCCAAUCAUCGGCAGCAGCUUCUUUUCUAUUGGCGCUUUUCUACUUUUCAACUCGGUACUCAAUUACCUUACGGAUGCAUAUCCUAUGUAUGCCGCGAGCGUGUUGGCUGGCAACGACUUUCUGCGGUCGUCAUGGGGAGCAGCGUUUCCCUUGUUUGCCACGGGAAUGUAUGAUCAAUUGGGUGUUGGCUGGGCUAGUUCCACGCUUGCGUUCAUCAGCAUCGCGUUUAUUCCAAUCCCUUUCAUCUUGUUCAAGUACGGCAAAAAGUUGAGGAUGAAGUCGAAGUAUGCCCAAAAAGAUUUCUAGAGGACACUUAGCGUGCUGUUGGUAAUUUUGGCACGAACUGUACUAUAUGCACCACUCAGAGCACGGCGUUGCUCCAGGCUUUUGGGAAUAAUGAUAAUAGACACAAGGACGGUGCCAAUCGUCCUUGAUCAUCGAAAAUACUUCAGAUCUUUCCCUUCAGCCUUGUGCAAGUUUGUGAUGCAUCAGGCUGUGACCCCUGGACGACAGUGACAUCAUUUCCCCCAAUUCUCCGACGAGGCCCCAGGCGUCUCACUU